AUGGAGGAACUACCCAAUGGUGCUGACGACCACCUCGUGCAGUCGCUCAUCGGCUCGCCAAGCGAUGCGCUCAUAGGCCUUGAUUCGUCCGAACCUUCCAUUGACGAUGCGCCGAAUCUUGAGGCCCAGAGCGAAGAUGCCGACGAGACGAUGGCCGAUCCGAGCGACGCUAUCGCGAUGAACGAAGAAAUCCCAGAAGACCCGACAAUACAAGACUCAGACGACAAUUUCCCUUCAUUCGAAAUGGAAGAUGUCGAUUCAUUUGUGCCAGCCGAUUCAGUUGCCCCCUUCGAAACGGCGGCCAUCGACUUUGAGAAGGAGGUUGAAGAUCACGACCCGACCGAAUACAUCGCUCAAGGGUGGUUGCUCCCAAUCAAGCUCGAUAUCGUCCUGCACCCUCUCCCGGCGGAAGAGAGAGAGAAAUAUGUCACGAUUAGAAGCGAUGUUGUGGACGAAGUUCUCGAAGAGGUGGACGGGCCUGAAGGCGAGCUGUGGUACAAUGUCGAGUUCACAGACGGGAGACAGGAUAUCAUUCCCUUUGGAGACGUUCUUGCCUACGAGGGAGGUGAAGUUGCCCUUCAAAAGAUGCAAGCUGUGGAUUUCGACCGCGACAACCGCAGUACCGGCAUGGCGGAGCCACGAGCAAAGAAGCGCUCUUGGUCAGAUACCUUGGAAGACUCCGAGGCCGAGUUUGGGGAGGAUCUAAUGGAGCUUGACGAAGAAGAUCUCCCGCGCCAGUCCAAGCGUCAACGAAGCUCCAGUCACCGUCCCGCUCGCUACAUCACGGCCAUUGAUUCUGACGAUGACGAAGUCUCUUCUCGCCGCUCACGACGCCAGCGCACAGUCACCAGACAGAGCACGCGCCAAAAUUCACAUGUCUCGCACGUCUCUGAUGACGAGGAUGACCAGAAACCUCGUUCAUCAAAGCGAGACGCCCCGAAGGCCAGUCGGCAGCUCAGGGAGCGCACUCAGAAACAGCUCACGCUCACGAGCAUGGCUUUCAAGACUGCUAGCCUUAGUCGCGAUGAUGACUUGGACGAACUCUCUCAAGACCCGCCUCAGCAGCAAUCAGAUGGUGACGAUGAUGACUUUAUGCUGGUCACAUCAGAUCUCGUCUCUAAGCCCUCUCAGGGCAGGCGGAAGAAGUCCAAACGACUCAAAGUCAAAAACAAGCCCGUGGCCGAGGCGAGGUCUCGCGGCUCUUCGAUAGAAUUUGAGGAUCGCCGUCGGUCCGGCAGAUCGACAAGGAACAAGGCCAGCAUGGUUGACGAAGCCCUGAUGGACGAAGAGUCCUUCUACGUGGAAGAUACAGCAGCAGCGAGCGCACCAAGAGUCAUGAACGUCAAAGAGGUUUUCAAGCCGUUGCCCCACGACUCGCCUUUCAUGACAUUCCAUUCCGACAUAUGCAGCACUUGCAACACUGGACCUGCCGCUAACAGAGGUCCACUCAUCAGCUGUCAAGGCUGCUCCAUGUCAUUUCACAAAACCUGCAUCGGGUACAGGUCAGCAAGAGACCAUGUGGUCACUAAGGUCGGAGCUGAUCACUUCGUCCUUCAAUGCAAGUUCUGCAUUGGCUUCUACAACAAGAAGGACAAGGGCGCCCCGAGGCAUCACAACUGUCAGAAGUGCGGCAAGUCCGGACGCGCUUGUGCCGCAUUCUCUCCCAAGAGGACCCCGAAGCAAGAAGAGAAGUUGCGUAUGGAGAACGGCGGCGAGGACCCUAUCGCGCCAGUGGAUUCCUCUCUCAUCAACAACGCCGACAAUGUCUUAUUCCGCUGCACCAGCUGCAAGCGUAGCUGGCACUAUGAACAUCUGCCGUCGUCUCAGAUGGAUUCGGACGUUACCGAGGUACGCGAACAGCGUCUCGCAGAGUACUCCGUGGACUGGAAAUGUCAUGACUGCGGUACUAUAUCCCACAAGAUGCAGACCUUGGUGGCGUGGCGACCUGCAGACAAGAAGUCUUUUACCGAAGGAAUGACCUACACCGACUUGUACGAGGACGAGAAAGAAUACCUCGUUAAGUGGCAAGACUGCUCAUACUUCCACUGCAGUUGGAUGCCCGGAGCAUGGGUUUUCCACGUUGCACCUCCAGCUAUGCGUACUUCUUUUGCCAAGAAGGAUGAGGGCCAGAACCUUUGUCUCAAGAUGACCAAAUCUGAGGCAAUCCCGGAGGAAUAUCUUCUUCCAGACGUCAUUUUUGCUGCCAAGGUCAAGAAUGGGACUGGACGAGCUCGGACGCUGCAAGAAGAGAUGGAACGGAUUGGCAGCGUUGAUAAGAUUUACGUCAAAUUCCAAGGUCUGGGCUACGAUGAGGCCGUUUGGGACAAACCGCCAAAGCCAGAAGACGGAGAGAUCUACAGCGCUUUCAAAGCUGCCUACUACGAAUACCUGGCAGGCAAAUACUUCGAUGUCGUCUCAAACAACAAGAUGAAGGAGCGCGUCAACCGAUGGAAAGAGAAGAAGUUCACUGCCCUGGAAGAGCAGCCUAAAGGAAUCCGCCGCGGCAAUCUGAUGGCCUACCAACUGGAAGGAGUCAACUGGCUGUUGUACAACUACCAUGAAGACAAGAACGUCAUUCUUGCAGAUGAGAUGGGUCUUGGAAAGACGGUGCAGGUGGUCAGUUUGAUUUCCGCCCUGGCUCACGGUGAACCAAAGUGCUGGCCAUUUCUCGUCGUUGUCCCCAACGCUACCUGUCCCAACUGGCGUCGCGAGAUCAAGCAAUGGGCACCCGAUCUUCGGGUUGUUACCUAUCAUGGCGGCAAGCAACCUCAGGAAGUGGCGUACAAAUACGAACUUUUCCCGAACGGCUCAUCAGACAUCAAAGCGCACGUUGUGGUCAUGUCUUACGAUUCCGCCCAGGAUGAACGUACCAAGCAUCUCUUCCGCUCAGUUCAGUGGGCUGGGUUGGUCGUUGAUGAAGGCCAGCGGUUGAAAAACGACAAGAGUCUUUUGUAUCUGGCCUUGCGUGCGAUGCGGUUUCCAUUUCGACUUCUCCUCACCGGUACACCCCUACAGAACAACAAGCGAGAGCUUUUCAACUUAUUGCAGUUCAUCGACCCGACGCAAAACGCCGAGAGGCUGGACGAACAAUACCAGGAACUGAACGCCCAGAAUCUCCCUGAGCUUCACGGUCGAAUCAAGCAAUACUUCCUUCGAAGAACCAAAGCCCAGGUUCUGAAGUUCUUGCCUCCCAUGGCACAGAUCAUCGUGCCUGUCUCUAUGUCGAUUCUGCAGGAGAAGCUGUGCAAAUCGAUUAUCGCCAAGAGUCCCGACCUCAUCAAGGCAAUCUUUGCCGAUGACAAGAUCAACAAGAAGGAACGCGGAAGCCUGAACAACAUCCUGAUGCAGCUGCGCAAGUGUCUCUGUCACCCUUUUAUGUACAGCGAGGCCAUUGAGGAGAGAAACGUGGACCAGACGAAGCUGCAGGAGAACCUUGUCUCUGCGUCUGGUAAGCUGAUGUUGCUUAAUAUCAUGCUACCCAAACUCAAAGAGCGUGGUCACCGCGUUCUCAUCUUCAGCCAAUUCCUGAAUCAACUGGACAUCAUCGAGGACUUCUUGAACGGCCUUGGCUUCCAGCACAGACGUCUUGAUGGUAGCAUCAACAGUCGCGAGAAGCAAAAGCAUAUCGACGCAUUCAAUGCUCCCGACUCUGAAGUUUUCGCCUUCCUUCUGUCGACCAGAGCUGGAGGAGUAGGCAUCAAUCUUGCCACCGCUGAUACUGUGAUCAUCCUGGAUCCCGACUUCAACCCUCACCAAGACAUUCAGGCUAUCUCUCGUGCUCAUCGCAUUGGUCAAAAGAACAAGGUGCUCUGUUUCCAGCUGAUGACGAAGAACUCGGCGGAAGAAAAGAUCAUGCAGAUCGGUCGGAAGAAGAUGGCGCUCGAUCAUGUUUUGAUCGAGUCAAUGGACAAUACCGAAGAGCCAGACGAUCUGGAAUCUAUUCUCAAAUUCGGAGCCUCUACUCUCUUCAGCGAUAACCAAAGCGAGAAGGACAUUGUUCGCUACGACGACGCGAGUGUUGACAAGCUUCUCGACCGGUCUCAUAUCGAACAGACCAAGACUGGCCAAGACGAGUCUGCUGAAUCCACAUUCUCAUUUGCACGAGUUUGGGCCAACGACAAGGGCGGAUUUGAGGACAACUUGGCUGAGGAGAGCGAGCCAACUGUGAACCCGAACGUGUGGGAAGAAAUUCUUGCCGAACGAGAAGCCGAAGCCAAGCGUAUCGCGGAGUUGAACAAGGAGGUUCUGGGCCGCGGUGGUCGCCGCCGUCAGGCCAUCAACUACAAGACGAACGCUGCUAUCACCACUGACCUUCUCGUAGAUCAUAGCGGUAGUUCCGAUAACGACGAGGACUUCGUUGGUGACGACGACGAACCCGAUACUGACCCAGAAGACCGUGCUAGGAUGGAUGGCUCCAAAGGUAAAGCCAGAAAGACUGCUUCUCCUUAUUCGACUCCUAAAAAGACACCUGGCAGCAAGAAACAACCAGUUAACCCGAAAACUUUGCAGAAGCGGACUCCCUCGCGCAAAACACCGAAGAAAGACACCGCGGCAUCCUCCAAGACUCGUCAAGGGUCAACCCCACGAAAACAAACGCCCAAAAAGACUCCAAAAGCCUCGCCCGCCAAGGCACCCAGCCAACCUGGAAAAUCAACCAAGGAUCACGAAGUCACCCAGCCUCAAAUCCCAACUUCGACACCCGAGGACAAGCCGGUCCAGCAUAUUCUACCCAGCCCUCAGCAUACCCCUAUGCACCACAGCCCGGAGCACACAUCUUGCCUCCGGCCAAACCUGCAAGAAGGGGACGGCCCCCUAAAAAUGGCGGCACCCCAGUAA